ACGCAAAACACGGUACCUAUCCACCUUCUAGUGAUUUUCUCAUUGUCAAUUUGUGCAAGAAGGUGAUCCAGUUUGUGCUCAUUGGAUUUAAACGAUGACGAAUCCAAGAAAGUUGUGGUUGUUUUUUUCAAUCGCCAUCGCCUUGGUGUGCUGUGAAGGGCGGAGAAUUCGCGUUCGUCCCGAGCCCCAAGAAGAUGAAACAGUGGAGUAUUACGCAGCCGAAGCGAGGGACGGAGAGGACGCCAGAGUUGUCUACGUUUCGUCCGCUGAUCAGUACAAUGGACUUUUUGGACAAUCCACGGCGCCGGCUAGAAACGUCCAGGACAAUUACAUACCUCAAGGCAGAGUUUCGUCUUCUCAUCUGAAAUCUAGAGGCAAAGAACCGGCGAAGGCGCCGCCGGUGCAAACCAUCAGAAAUUAUAAUAAAGUCAACGAUGAUGGUUCGUUCACUUUCGGUUAUGAGGCUGCCGAUGGUAGUUUCAAGGAAGAAACGCGAGGUACCGAUUGCGUUGUGCGAGGAAAGUAUGGUUAUGUAGAUCCUGAUGGCAACAAACGAGAAUUUACGUACGUUUCCGGAAAUCCUUGUGAUCCCAACGCGCCUAAGGAGGAGGAGGAUGACCUUCCGGAAGAAGACAGCAACGAGCCUGAGAAUAUACCGGCUAAUUACCCCACAAAACCCGUUCGUCCCCUGAGGCCAGUGACGCCUGCCCCAAAACCCGCAGUAACUCUCUUCCAUAACACUUAUAGUCAGCAAGAGGAUGAAGAACCCGAACCUGAACAGGUGCUGAAACCGCACCCAAUUCAAUCACUGCCCGUGCGGCCCCAGUAUAUAACUCGUCCUCAAAUUUACCAACAGCAAAUAAAUUCGGAAGAGGAGAUCGCGUCCUAUCAUCAUCCACGAGGUUCAGCACAUACCACCCCUGCAUCAGUAGUAUACAAACAAAGCGCGACGCCUAUUAAUAUAACCCCGCGACCAGUUCCUUCCGUGACGCCUCGUUCGGAAUUGCCAGCGACCACCUACCGGCCCCAGUUAUUGCAAGUCGCUGUAACUCCACGACCGGCACUACUCUACACCAAGGAGCUAACGCAAACAGCGCGACCGUCCUUUAUCUCUUCAACCCCGUCCUCGAUUCCUCUAUCUGUGACAAGGGGCGGAAUAGACUUUGAAUCCGAAUUUCAGCGCUUCCAACACGACAAUCACGUCUCACCGUCUCCAAGUCCGAUAUCAGCGCUAGCGAGAACCACUCCAAAAACCCACAAAACCUCAGCAGCACCACCACCAAACUCCUCUCCCGUAUACUCAUCGGAAUUAGUCUACGACCCCGUAUCUGGUUUAUAUAACACCCAGCUCUAUCAGACCUUACCUCAGACCGAAGGCGAAUUCUCGUUGAGCCACAGAAUACAGCCGUACGUGCACCAACCCCAGCAUCAGUUACUAAACAUUCAGCAACUACAGCAGCAGAGCCCAUUAUACAGAGCGCUCAGACCUCAACCCACUCAAACGAUUUACCAACAGCAACAAGCCGAUUUGCAAUUCCAAAACUCCGCGCAACUGUUCGCUCAUCAGCAACAGCAACGCGCCAGAGCGCAACAAGCGUCGCAGAGCAGAAUACAGCUAAGGCAAUCGAGCCCUCCACCCCAACCUCAACAGUUUUACUACAUUCAGCCAUCGUCGUUUCAACACCCCCAAGCACUAGUCCAGGGAAGUCCGAUCGACGCGUUUUUAAGGGGGCAGAAUAUUCAAUUUUAGUGUUAUAAAAUGUGAUAGAACAAUGGGUGAACGUUAACGAAGAACGUUUAAUAAACGUGACGCGUUCCGGAUAGUGAAAGUGUUCGUGUUUUGAUUAUCCUUAAGCGUAUCACACCCAAUUUAUGCAACACGCAGGCUAAGAGGCAAUUUUUU